AUGGAACCCAGAUAUGCAAUAUAUGAACAUAAAAGACUACUCAAAUUUCUCUGGUUCACCAAAUACGCUCGUGUUCGCGGUGGUCCCAGAUCAUCUUCUGGCUUCAAGCAUGUGUUUUGCCAGGAACACGUUAAUAGGAACGGUUAUAAAGAAAUCAGCGGACUGCAUAAUUGGAUCUAUUUUCGUGACCAAGAAGACGUGCGGGGGCGAAUUUCUUUCCAAAGACUUACGGCAAAACUUUCGCUACCAAAAAGUGUUGAUGUCAUCAAGUAUCAAUUCUCAUUCGAUAAUAUGACAAAGCCAACAACUUCAAUGUUUAUUGGCACACCACCUGAACUAGAAAUGGCUCUAUAUACAUUGUGUGUUGUUAUGGAUAGAGAUAACUGUACAGUUUCGUUGGGUGGAAAACAGUUUCUUAUCAGAACGUAUGCUUUUGACAGAGGAGAAGAUAAGCUAGUAGCCUCAAGCUUUCCGGUUGUUUAACUUAACGCGAUUUCGAUACCACGAUUAAAACUGAAUAAAUAAUUUACCGAAGAAAAAA